UCUGUGUACGAUUAAAUUUCAAGAGUUCCCAGUGAACGCUAUAAGCCUCGUGUUCUCCGCUACGGUGCCCUGCUCACUGCAGUUGCUGCAGUCACUUCUACUACUGCAUACUGCUGCUGCUGCUGCUGCAAUACACCUUAGCACCCAUCUUACUUUCGCUACUUCCCGAAUUGCGCGCCCCGAGCCCUACAUUACAUUUGACCAUCACAAUACGUGCCUCUAUCUCGAUAUAGCUCGCGACUCGCUCGUAAUUCGCGAUUCUGUUCGUCGUGCUCUAUUGUAAAUGGGCUCCAGCAGUUUAUAGCGAGUUCCGAGCCUCAACUCUGACUUUUGAGUCGCUCUCGAACGUAUUACAUAUUAAGUUCUCGUCGUCUCUCGUAUCCUCGAUAAUCAGCCGAUACGGUCGCUCACUAGGUACGGUUCAAUCGCAUUGUUUCACAUUCGAACUUGCGAGCUACAUCUGCGUCUGCUUACCAAGAUCUGCUACGGGCGAAUCUCCAGUCUCGAGCCUAUACAUCCACGUUUUUCUGUGGCUCGCGCCUUACUGCUACUGCAACUGGCAUUUAAUCAACUUUUUUCACUGACGCUAUCGCAACCUCUCCUUUCUUCACCAUUGCUAAAACGCCACGAGGUAGCGACCAUCUACCCAAUUGAGUCUAUCCUUUUCCACUUACCUUGCGAGUCACACGCUUUAACGCAACUCAUAACGUACCUCGUCGCUGCUGGCAUAAACAAUUCUCGCAGCUUACUGACACGCUUAGCAUUUGCUCAUUUAUCUGCUGAUUUAUCCGACGACAUUGACAAUCCUUUUUUACUUUAAUGUAGCUAUUGUCAGUGCAGAUAGUCUUUCCCCGUGCAACUCGAGAGACAAUGCUCUAACAGUCUGCCAGUUCGACGGAUUACUGCCUCUCGACUUUCUACGACCGUGUAGCUCGACUAUAAAGAGAAAGAGAGAAAAUAAGACUGAAGAACGCUUUGACUCGAGCAUCACUGGUUCAGCGAUAUGGGUAGAAAACGCAGAUCUCACGAUAGCAAUGCUGAUGCAAGUGGAGAUUCUACAGCAUCUAGCGAUAAUAAUGCUAUGAACCAAACAGACUGUCCACACUUCAACAAGUCUAUUUCUAUUCCUAAGAUCAGAAAAAAUGUCAAGGACAAGAAGUACGAUGUUUGUCAAGAUUGCCAAAAGGAGAAUUUCAACAAUGAUAUGGACAAAGAUGAUGAUGAUAGCGAGAAAGAAGAAUCUCUCAAUUUAUGGCUUUGCUUGCAAUGCGGACACAUAGCCUGUGGAAGAAACAACCAAUCUCAUUCUUUGAAGCACUCGACUAAAGCAAUGAGUGACCCUCAUCAUGUUGUAAUAAAUUUGCAAAACUGGGGCAUUUGGUGUUACAAAUGCGAUGAAUACCUUCAUUUAAAAAAAAAACAAAAAGAAAACAUAGAGCAAAUAAAAUCCAUAAUCAAAUUGACCAAACCAGUUGUACAAAAGCCUGAAUUGCCUGUUUUAUGUCAGAACAACGUGUCUACAGACAAUGGAAAUAAUAAAACAGUCAAUUCAAUUCCAAAAGUUGGAGGAUUGGUUAACCUAGGAAAUACUUGCUUUUUCAAUUCAGUGUUACAAUGUUUAGCUCAAACACCUUAUUUAGUAAAAGUUCUUGAAGAUUUGCUUGAACCUGAUCAAACAUUUGUCUUACCUGGAGGAAAAUGCAAAACAAAUGACAAUGAAGAAAUUGAAUUACCUCCCAUUGAAGGAAAACUAGAUAAUAACUUCACUUUCACACCUGUAUUACUAAAAACGUUGACAGAUAUGCAGCAAGGGGAAGGUCAAGUGUACAGACCUUCUGAAUUAUUAAAUGCAUUGAGAAGAAAAACAAUGCAGUGUACCGAUGGUGGACAACAUGAUGCUCAUGAAUUACUGAGACACUUACUAGAGUGUGUCAGAAAUGAAGAUGUAAAGCGAUAUAAAGCAGUAAUAUUAGAGGAUGCUGGAUUGAAGGGUAGAGUUACUUCACUGGAUACCGUUGAAGACAGUAAAAAGGCGCAAGUAAAAUUUUAUGGAAUCCAAGCAAUGGCAAAAUUGUUGGGAGCAGAAAGAGCUUUCAGAGGAGAACUUGUAUCAACUCUUCAAUGUCAAAAAUGUAAUUACACAUCGAUAAGAACAGAACCAUUUUUAGACCUCAGCUUACCUGUUCAAAUAACUGAGAAAAAAAUCGUUGUAUCUCAUUUGAAGAGAAAGAGCUCAAAUUUAGAUAAUUCUUACGAUUCAAUGGGCAAUAAAUCUUCAGCUUCUCUAACAAGUAAGGAAAAAAGAGCUAUUAGAGCUGAAAAAAAGAAGAAUAAAAAAUUAAACCGUAAUGAUAUAAAUAAUUCUAAUACUAAUAAUGUAGCAGGCGAUAAAGGAAACGAAUCGGAGGAUAGUGACGCAGACGUGGAAGAUAACGUAGAGAAUGAAGAUUUAUCAAUGCCAGAAAUUGGUGAGUCAGGGUAUAGCUCUGAAAAAGCAUCAGCACUAACAAGCCCUGCAUCUCCCGGAGAUCACCUUUUAACCGAUCAAAACAUUAACAAUGUCGAAUCCAAUAAUUUAUGCGCGGAAAACAACAUGUCUACGUCCUCUUUAGAUUUAGUUAAUCUCAAUGAUAAUAACUUAAAUAUUUCGCCGAGUUCGACUGAUGUUCAAAUGACUGAUUUAUCAUCCGAUAAUCGAAAUAACGGAAUCGAAUGCUCGUCGCGCUCAACAUCUUCGCAAUUACUUUCAGACUCAACGAGCCCAGAAGGAACAACUGUUAGGCCCUUUAAUAGUCCGGUCUCAAACGUAGAUAGUUCUUCAAGCCCAAUAUCCAGAAACGUAGAUGAUAAACAAGUAUCAAGUGACAAAGAAGAUUCGGAAAAAAAAACAAAUCUGAAUGCACUGAACGAUGAUUCGUCCACCAAAAAAAAGUAUACCAGACCGCAAAGAUCAAAUGGCCUCGGUGAUGUGACAUCGAAUUUGAUCAAGCUAGAUUUGUCGAAUGUUUUGGAUUCAUCUAGUAGGUACCAAGUAAAUGAAGGUGAAUGCUCAGUGAAAUCAUGCCUCAACCAAUUCACUGACCAAGAGCUUAUGACGGAUAACAACAAAGUCAUGUGCGACGCUUGUACAGAAAGAGAAAAUAAGGGCAAAAAAGAAGGUGUAAAAAUGGUCUGUCAGGAUAGUACAAAACAAUAUCUUGUUUCACGCGUACCUGCUAUACUUAUUCUACAUUUGAAACGCUUUCAAAUGACCAAAUUUAGUUUUAGAAAACUUAACAAACAUGUAAGUUUUCCUUUGGUCUUUGAUUUAGCACCAGCCAGUAAAGAUAGCACACCAAAGAUGUACGCCCUGUACGGUGUGGUUGAGCAUAGCGGAACUUUAUACGGAGGACAUUACGUCUCCUACGUCAAAUCAAGAGCACCUUUAACAAGAGAUGACCCUCGAUGGUCAUUUUUACCAAACAGAGACAGUUUUGAAAGUAAACAAUCGAGUAAUAUUAGCUCCGAUGUGGAUAGCGACGACUCCUCAACCAAUGAAAAAGACCCUGCUAAUGUGGAACCUCCAUAUGGCCGAUGGUACUACAUUUCCGACUCGAGAGUGACCGAGGUUGAUGAGAAAACGGUUUUAAAUAGCGAAGCCUAUUUGUUGUUUUACGAAAGAAUAUUAUAGAUAUAUUGCUCUCCGAUUAAACAAACUAUCUACAUUGUAAACUCACCGAUUCGUGCUGAUAUUAUAAAGAAAAAGGAAAAAUCUUAUCAAUUAUUGCAUAAAUUAUACUUCAAGUAAAGUAUACUACCAUCCAGUACACAUAAAAAAUUUUCUCAGACGUCAUAAAUAUUAUUUUUUGAAGACACGAGAAAAAGAGAUAUUAAAAAGAAUUACGUACCAUUAAGGUUUUAAAUAUACAUUUUAUGUGUAUUGUCAGAUGUACAUCAACAAAAUUAUGAAAAUUUAUUAGUAUUUUAAAACAAAAAAGAAGAAAAGAACUUCUUCUAAUGCUUAUUGCAUUCGAUUCAAAUUUUAUUAAGCUCUGCUAUAUUGCGCAUAUUUUGUCAUUUUUAUUGUUGCCAACGAUAAACUGCUUCGUCAAUUUCACGAAAGCUUCAAAAUAAAAUUCACAUAUUUUGUGCCACACGAUGUUGAGCCAAAAUGAAAUUAUUGUGUGUAAAACCUGCAAUGCUCACAGAUAGCCAACAGAUUUAAAAUGUUACAAUUAUUGAAUACUUUGCAUUUGCAUGUAUAUGCAAGAUAAAAAUGCUAAUUUGUAUAAUAAUAUUAAUAAAUAGUGAUAAUAAAAAAUAA